AUGCGAGCCAUUAUGUUAAAAGAUGGACGGAAGAAGCGGAAGCGGAAAGCAGAGGCGCUGGACACCCCACGAGCGACGCCCACGUCCACCCACCUUCCCCGAGGCCCAGCCGCGUCCCCCAUGCCCCGGGGGACGCCCGCGCAGAUGCCAAGGGGAGCCCCCACGCCCACGCAGAUGCCCAGAGGUGCUCCGACGCCCACACAGAUGCCGUGCGGGCCCCCAACCCCCACGCAGAUGCCCAGGUUGCCCUCUCCCGCCCAGAUGCCCCGCGGAACGCCCACCCCUACGCAGCAGAUGCCACAGUUCAACCCGCAGCAGCAGCAGCAGCAGCAGCAACAUCCCCAUGCAUUCCAACAACAACAGGGCUGGGGGAUGAUGGGUGCCAUACCUCGCAUGGCAGGCGGGGGCGGGUAUGGUCCUGUAGGUGGAGUCAUGAAUGUCCCUCAAGGGUGCAAUCACCACUAUCAUCAGCAACAUGGCCCUGCCCAGCACUGUACUGCAACCUCCCAUGCAUGCUGUGAUAAUCAUCAUCGUUUCCCAGUCAACAUGCCAUCAAACAUGAACAAUAUGGGACCUAACAUGCCCAUGGGACCAGGUAUUCGUCCAGGUAUUGGGCCCGGUUUUGGGGAGAUGGUCAGGCCAAACAUGUGUCGGCCAGGAGAUCCUUCUAUGUUUCGCGGUGGGAUGCCUCAGGGACAAGGUCCUCUCCAGCAACAACAGCAGUCAGUGCAGCAGCUUCAACAGCAGCAGCAACAGCAGCAGCUUCAGCAGCAAACACCAUCACAGCUCCAGCAGUCUGUUUUGUCUCAACAGCAGCAACAGCCACAGCCACCGCCACCCAACAUGAUGGGCCCAGGGUCACACAUGAUGCCUGGGAUGAGAGGAGUGGCACCACACCCACCUGGUUUCAUGAAUGCCAACAUGAUGUGUCGCAUGCCAGGGCCAGGUAUGAUGCCACCUCGUGUCUUGCCUCCUGGAAAUAUGGCAAACCCUCAGGGAGGAACAGAGCGACCCAGUGCACCCGCCACUUUCUGGGAAGAAGGGGAGAAGAGACGCAAGACAGGGGGGAGGGCCAAGAAGCGCUUUAAAGGUGUUUUGGAGAGAGCAUCGCCAUGCCCAAAUGUUGAUGUGAGAAAUAUCCACGGAGAGCACCCUCGUCCUAAUAUGAGUGGGCAAGGUGGCCCUGGACCUCCACACUCUGGACCUUCUUUUAUGGAUGAUCCAAGUGGUUAUCUGGCACAGCAGACUGCUCUCUUAAAUAAUACCAUGGCAGGAGGUGGCAUGGGACAGUUCUCUCCCCAAGCACCAGGAAUUUCACCAAGACCUCCUCCACCACCAGCAUCCCAAACAGGAGCACCUGCAGGUGGAACAGUUAUGCCACAACAACAACAGAUGCAACCAAAAAGUCAGGCUGGUGUGCCACCAGUAGGGAAUAGCAAUGUUACACGUGCUUCCCAGUUGUCCUCUUCCCCUGCUGUGGUUCCUUUGCCAAGUAAUGUCCCAUUACCGGCAAGAGUCAGUAAGGCUGCAACUCAUACAACAAACACAGUUAUGACAACACCCUCUGUCCUUCCCACACCAUCAACACACACAAGUGUAACUGGAGCCCCCACACCAACCCUAACCUCGCCACCAACCAGUACCUCAACUCCAACAAGUCAGCAGACCUCAUCCAAGGGGGACUCCCAGAGAAGCCCACCUGUUGCAGCAGAAAAGACAGCAAGUCCUCCAGAGGGUGCCAAACAGUCCCAGGGUCAGGCUGCUGAAGGGGAAACUGCCUUGUCUACAUCCAUAGCCAAGGCUGAGUCCAGUAGCCUUAUUCACACUACAACAGUUACCUAUACCUCCUCUGCAACACUGACCACCAAUACUAAAAUUACAAAUUCAAUACCAAUAUCAACACAGUCAGAAUGUUUACCACCAAAAGAAAAAAUUGAAACGGUGUGUUUCAAACCAGAAGAGGAUCAGUUAGUAAAAGUUAAGCAUGAGGCAAAUUCACCUGAAGAUAGCAUAAAGCCAUCUGUUAACAUUAACAUAUCAAACAUUAAAGAAACAAUUAAGUCUGAAAAUUGGUGCAAAGAAGUAUCAAGCAACAUGAGUAGUUGUGAAAGCACAGGCAGCAGCCCAGAUCAGGCAGUCAGUGUGGGAAAUGGCAGCGAAGGUAUUGCAGCUAAUAAACCCCUAACACCUGGCCCUCCAGGCGUCAGUAGGGCUGGAGGAGUUACUCAGUCUCCACUAGAGAUGGUGCAAAGUAUUGUUAGUAGCAUUCCUGUGCCAUCCUCGCUAGGGCCCAUUCGACCAAGCUCCCAACCGCAGCAGCCGCCUCCUCCUCAGCCACCCCCUCCUCCACCUCCCCAACCACAGCAGUUACCACAACCACCUCCACAGCAACAAGCAGCACUUCCAGUAUCUAUGUCAGCAGGAAUGUAUAAUGUGCCUAUUUCCACAAAUGUAACGGUGUAUGGUGGAGGUAAUUCAGCUGGGCUAGUCCGUGGUCCAGGUCCUGUUCUAGUAGGAGGACCACCAUCUGCCCAGUCAGGUGCCUUUGUUAGCAGUGGUAAUGGAUGUAAUGGCCCAACCAGUAUGGUUGUCGUUUCCUCUCAGUUUAACAAUAAGAACAAUGCAACCCCUGGUGUGGCUGUAACAUCUGCAGUAGCAGGUGUUGUUGGAGUACCAGCUGCAAUGUCUCAAGUACAGGUUCAGCAGCAUAUGGCUUCUAUGCAACAACAUUUACAGCCACAGAUUCAGCAACAGCUACAACCGCAGCUUCAACCCCAGCUACAGCCACAACUUCAACCACAGCUACAACCCCAAUUGCAACCCCAGUUACAACCACAAAUACAACAAUUUCAGCCUGUACAACCAGUGGUGCAACUAGUCAACACCUUUGCCACAAUGCAGGCUCCAGUUAUUAUACAGAAUGGUGGUAAUAUUAUCCAGUCAUCCCCUAGUAUUUUACACAGCCCAGGUGGUAUGAUUGCUGGUCCCACACCACUAACACAAGGUACUAUCAUGGCUGGACAGUCCUUAGUUCCUGUUACUGCAGCCACUUUGGCUGUGGAAGGUACUCAUCAUCAUCCUCAACAGCAGCAAGGCCAAGUUGGGCAGCCACAGUCUUCACCACAUUUACAGGUGGCACAAGUUGUCACUACUGGGCUGACAGCUGAAACAGUAGAUGACACAAGAGCUAGUAAUGCCUCCACUCCACAUGCUACUUCAGUGUCCACUCCCUCAACCCCACAUUCAACCCCAGGGUCCACGCCAGGGUCAGACACCCCCUCCAGUGCUGGCUCCUCUGGAGGACGCAGACGGAAGAGAAGACGAAAUUCAUCUACACCACAAGGAACUGCUGCCACUCAGUCUUCACCACAACAGCAUCAGCAGCAAGGAUUGGUACCAGCUAUUAUCAUGGGAAACAAAGUUCCUCAACACAUGGUAAUGAAUGGCCCCCAUAUGACUCAGGUGGCACCUUAUGGUACAAUGGGCACUGUGGCAGCAGCUGGUCAAAUGGCUCAAGUUGCCACAGUUGCCAGUCAAGUGGGAGGUGGACAAAUGCUGCAAGCAGCUGCAGCACAGGGAACUGGUGCUAUCAAUGUUGUUCAAAUGGUUGGUAAUACCUUACCAAAUUUACCUGUGCAAGUUCACAACCCAGCAGCCAUUCUUGUAGGUUCAGCACCUCCUCAGGGAGUAGUGAUAAACCAGCUUGCUGAUGGAACAUUCAUAUCAACAGACCCAAACACUGGCAUGUCAUAUCCUGUUCAGCUACAGCUCUCUGGGGGCCAUAUUGUUGGUGUGACCCCAGCAGUCAGUGGCUCAAGCGGUAUGGUUGGCCCUCUCACUCCCGGAGCAACUGCUGGUGGAAUGCCAGCGAUGGUGGCUGUACGACCUCCAGUCCCCCACACAACAGCAGUAGUCAGUGGCCCAAAGGUAGUAAACAUCUCUCCUUCACCAGCAACAUCACAAUUAACAGGUAGCACAGGAGUUCAUGUUUUACCUGUGACAGCAGCUGCUGCCACAUAUCCAGCUCCAGGAACUAGUGUUAGUCCUGGCCAGGCAGUGUGUGUAGGCCAGGGUGCUGCCCCACCAGUAGUUGUUACAUCAGAAUACGUUGGAGGUCAGCCAGUUGUCAUGGGUGGGGGGGGAUGUAGUAGUAACACAACAGUAGUUCAGCACAAGACCACAAUAGUGCAACAGCGCACAACUCUGGUAGCAACGCAGGGGAAUACUGAUACAGGCACACGGUCCUCAGUGUCAACGCAAACACCUGGUGGAUUGGGAGAGAGUGAUGUGAGCAGUUCAGAUUGUGUUGGAGUUGCAGCACCAGCAUCCCCUUCUCAUCAGAGUGCAGAGGUGACCACGACGCGCCAUGAUGAAGAUGCCACCCCCCCUACGGACCCACCCCAUCCACUUCCACCACACUCCCCGGACAAGAAUAAGCGUACCAUUCCUGAGGAGCCCCAUAGUGCGUCCACUUCAGAGGAGGCGGUGAUGUGCGGCCGCGGAGUGGUGUGGGGGCCGCAUAGGGGCCACCACUACUGGCCGGCUCAGGUGCUCCACCAGGCUGGUGGUGAGUGUGUGGUGCAGUGGUACGGGGAUCACAGGGUGGACACCGUCAAACAUUCCGUCCUAUCCACGUUCCCCAUUGUACCCCCUAGGGUGCCAACACGCCGCAGUGUGCGAGGGAAAGCUGCAUUAGACAAGGCAAUAGCCGAGGCCAUGCAAGACAGUGCAAUCAGCCACCAACAGUGUGAAGUUCCUCAGCCAGUCACACUGGAAGGCAUGCCAGCGGACUCUCCAACCACCGUUGUUGUUGCUGUGAACGGACCUCUGAUUGGCCUGGGAAGUGGACCAGUUAGAAGAAUGCUAAACAAACCAGCGAAACCACCCUCGGAGCCCCAGCAUUUAAAUAUACCUCAUAUGAACCAAGUGAUGGCACGGGAGAACAAGACUGCCCUAGGAGGUGGAGCUAAGUGCCUUCCGGCCUCGCUGGGAGUGCUGGACGGACAGCAGCUCCUACCCCCCCAGGCCGUGCAGUCUCUUUCUCCUCACACCACGGGACCUACGAGAGCAAGACGCAGGCGGAGGAUCAGGUGACAUGGGCCGCAGAGUUGUCUAUAAGCCAAGAGUUAUAGUAAUCAUGACACAACCAUAAGUGCGAUUUAUAUUUUGAAUCCAGUGUUGUUCAUUAUGAUAUUUAUGUAUAUCUGCAUUUUGAUGAUUCCUUCCUUCUUUUCUUAAGCCUUAGAAAACACCUUAUGUUUUUAUGUACUGAUUUUGUCUGACUAAUCAGGUUCUUUGACAGCUUUUAUUGGUUAAGUAAUACAUUUAUGUUAUUCUGAAAAUCAGUGUUAUUUCACUGAGCAUGCAUUGUUAUUAUUUCCAAAUUUCAUGGUAUUUAUUACUAUACUAUCAUGUUCUUGGUUUAUUAGACUACUUGAAUCAUGUUACAGAAGAAAGAAUACAGUGCAUAUUCCAUACUUCAAAUUGAUAGGUUAUAUGGUAGCUAUUCAAAUAUGAUGAUUGAAUAUAAAGUCGAUUAUAUUAGCGAGUUGAAUGAUAUAUUAUUAUGGUAUAUAGUAAGGAGUGUUGAAGCUUUUGAGCCAAGUCAAAUCCAGCAUCACGGGUGAUUAAGUCAAAUGAGAGAUCACCUACAGUAUCAAAUCUUCGAGUAACUAAUAUGCAUUAAGGAAACCAUCAAGAAAUUCUUGCUGUAUAUGGCAUGGUAACAAAAAGGUGAAUAGAUUGGAGUCCAUUAUUGCGGUGUAUGAGAUGAGGCAGCAUGCUACUCUAAGAAAAUGGAUGUACUCAGGGUAAACUUUGUAGUCCACUAAUUAGCCCGAAGAUACUGCUUACAUCACUAAUGAGGAAGGCAACUGCAAGUAGAUUUCAGUAGCUUAAAAUUUGGAAAGCGUUCGUUUUACUGUAAGAAUUAUUACCGAUAGCCUUUUGGAAGGGAGAAUGAAAUACAGUGUAAACUGUUCAGGACACACACACCUGACAUUGAGAUUUUUUGUCUGUGUAUUUUGAUGAACUAAAAAUACUUUAUUUACUUGACUUUUAAUUAGGUUAGUGAAUGAGGUUGCUCUGGAUUCAUUUAUUUGUCUGAACAUCAAAUGGGAUUGGGGUUAACAGCGGGGCUUUAUUUGCAUCUCAUCAGUGUUCCUAGAAAUGUGAAAAUGGCAAUGAAACACACGUCUUUAAGAUGAAGUGAAAUAAAUAUCAUCAUUUGCUGCAGAUAUCAAAACCAAGCACUGCAUGAUGAUAUUUAACCCUUUAUAAAGUAUUGUUUAGCCUUCACAUAUAGUUUCUCUGUCAAGGGGCCUUACAUAUUUGUGAUUUCUGAUCUUUCUUUAUUUACAUUUUUGUGAAAAAACCAAAUUCAUUUUGACCAUUAAUGAGUAUAAGUUUCAAAUCUAACAAAAUAUUUUUGAAAAUCUUUAGUGUUUUAUAUUCAUUUGAUGUCAGUUUUAAUGGGCUUACAUAUGACUGUCUAAGAAUACUUAGACUGUAUAUUGGUUUUUCAUUCUAUUCUUUUUUAAUUUAUUUUUUUAAUCAUCAUUAAAUAAGCAGAUUAUAGUUGUCUUCCACCAAAGUCAUCUUCAUAGGCUUUCCAAAUUUUAAGAUAGGCAAAUGAACUGAUUCCUCAGAUUAUAUCACACGCUUUAAGUCUUUGCGAUAAAACAGAACCGAGACACCCCAGAGCUUCACGUAAAACAGAACAAGACAAAAUAAAAAAAAUAAAAAACAAAAAAAAACAGCAAGUCACACUGUGCAGUCCUCAUCUUGUGAGCUUGUCAGCGGGUUCAUCGUAGACUUUCUACAAAUUCCCAGAGUUAUGUCAUGUGUUUGCACUAUCGGGAAGUUGACAGUUUACUUACAACCUCACAAAACCCCGAGACGGCAAGGAUGUCUAAGGUGCCUUGAGUGUGCCAGUAUUAGUGGAGAGUUAAUUUGUGAUAGUGCGCAUUUUGUACACCAUUAGUUAAUUGUAAUCUUUGCCAAGCUUUGACAAUAAUUGGUGAGUUUAGAAGAUAUAAAUACAGCGUUACAAAGCUAUCAUUGUAAAUCAAAACUUGUAAAGUAAGUUGUUGAUGUUGAAGGAUAAUUUUUAUGACAAAGACACUACAAUCAAAUAUCCAAGAAAAACAGUAACUCUGAUUACAAUAUUGGCUGAACUCGCCUAGCCAUGCAAAUAUUCCCUUUCAAAUUCUAAGUUGGUGCUUGACCUUGAAAAGAUAGCAAUUUGUACAAAUAUGUAGUGAUCAAGCACUUACUUAGGAGUUUAACCAUGGUUCCCUUUGCACGUGGUUCUCUAUUAUCCAUGUAUGAAGAAGACUCACUACCCAGGUGUGGUGGACGUAGACUGCAAUGAGUGCGUUAGUUAUGGAAAAGGCAGGGCCAUCGACAGGAUGGUCUUGAAGGGAGGGAAGUGUGGAGACGUUGGGGAAGUAAUAUUUAUAGUUUUUAUUGAUAUUUAAUACUUCUUGUUCUUGUAUUUUGUUGAGACAUGCAUACUAUGCAUGACUGUUAUCGUUGGAAAGGAUAUUAGAGAAUUACUUGUACUUAAUUUACUCUUUUCCAAAUUGCCUUUAAAAUAUACUAAAAUGUCUCUGUGGAUACAGUAACAGUUUGUGACUUUUCCCCAUUGUGUAGCACCUUUAUUGAGUACAGCUCUACUCAGGCAACCAUUAGCAAUGAAAAAUAAGAGUUUUGAUUUUUUCAUCAGUACAGCUGGAAUUUUUUGGACAUUAAAAAUGUUAAUGUAAGCAAUUUCAGGGAGUUCAGUGUGGCAGUGUGCGGCUUAUGCUGGAACCAGUGUGGUUGUGAUUCUGGGGAACUAAAUGACUUGCUUAUUUACCCCAGUAGAAUAAAUAUAUAAGAAGUCAGAUAUCCUAUAUAUAUUGAUAUGUAGAUACUAAUUCAGUGUCAAAGUGAAUCACAUACAAGCUUGAAACAAGUAAAAUAUCCUAGACCCUUUGAAUAUGUACCCACCCCCACAGCUUCCUGAUCUCAAGAAACUGGUGCUAGGAAAGGCAAAUUGGAAAAGAGUUAAGAAAUGUUAGGGAUGUCUGGUUUAUUAUUGUGUCUUGGCAAGGAUAAUUGAGCUUUAGAUAAACCUCAACUUGUUCCCAGAAUUGCUUGUUAUGACACAUCUUCCUCAUUGCCUGCAUCUGCUACUGUUUGUCACUCUUUCAGUUGUGGGUUUUACUUAGGUUUCAUCUUUUAAGAUUUAAUUUUUUUCAGAUUAUGAUUGAAUCUGUAAUACAUCUCAGAUAUGGCCAAGUUGUUUGCCAAAUUAAUUAUAUAACAUUAAUAACUGGUAAGUACAAAGUAUCUAUUUCAAGUUGUGUAAACAUUUUUUUUCAUUUAAUGACAAGGAAAGGUACCAGUGAGUUGUCAAAAGUCAAAGUAAAUGUAUAUUUUAGUACUUGAGGUUACUGAAGUGUUUACUAUGGUAUGGGUUGCUUGGGAAGAUAGCCAUGUAUCUUUUUAGAAACUCAGUGUAUUGAUGGAAGUCAUGUCUAAACCACACCGGUAUGUGUAGGAACAUGGUAGACCUGCUGAGUGUGUGCAUUAUAGUGACUUCUACCAAUGUACUGGUGUGUACUACCUUUACUUUACCAGCCCACAUGCCAAAGACUGAUUACUUCUCGUCACAAGGUCAGGUGAUGAGGGGCAAAGUGUGCACCAUGAUUUACCGUUUUAAAGUUAGUAAAAAAUAUAUGGUAUGCGUUUUUUCCUGUUUACAGAGAAGGGAUAUAGCUUGUUUCUUAACCUGUUUAUUUGUAUCCACUGCAGAUUGCUACUAGUGUUGCCAGUGUGCACAAUUAUCCAUUACAGAGUUGAUUGGAUUUGUUUUAUAUGUAUAUUUUAUAGAGAUUGAAUCCUUAUGUGUAUAUGAAAUAAGUAUUUUUUUCUUUUUGCACAUUACCUUGUAGCAAUUACUCCAAUCAUAUGUUAAGUACUGUUGUAGGGAGGGCAUAUAUGACGUUAUUCCCACUAAUAUGCAUAUUAGAACCUUGUUGUACUGAGUUAUCAGUCUGUGGGUGAGUGUACAGGAGAGGCUGUCUUGAUGUGCAACUCGCCCACUGUAUUUCUACUUAGUGGAUCUGGUAGACAGUGUUAGAGUUAGAAUUAUUCAAGAUUUGUGCACCCUAUGGCAACACUUGUUUUCUGCAAGCCAAAGACACUCGUUGAGUUGCUGUACAGGUUCAGGUUGUUCGAGCUUAGAUUAGAGAUAGAGAAGUGUGGUUUAUAUUGUAUGUACAGAAGAAAUAUUAUAAUAUGGAAGUCUUAGAUUUUUUAAAAAGAAGAUAACGUCCCAGUUUUAGGUCAGUGAUGGACCUUUUGUUAAUUAACCACCAAGUGGUUUGUUUCUCUCAUGUUCAAAUAUUAAUAUGGGUGUGCAUUCUCCGUUACCCAUUUGGGUCUGCAAGUAAGAUGUAUAUUUUGUCUGUAAGGUAUAUAAGGAGACACACCCAUAUGGAACAUUGUUGCCUCUCACAAAGUUUCAGCCUCUUGCCAGUCUGCAGUUUCCUUGGAUGUAACAUCUUCAGAAAGAGGUGGAUGUAAAAACAUCCGUUGGUUAUUUACCCUAACACAGAUAAAUAUAGAUAAAGAAUUAUCGCUAUUCCUAGAAUGAAUGGUUAGUUUUAAGGGGACAUAUUUUUAUCAGUUUAACUGUUUUUGGACCAAAUAUUACUGCAGACUGUGAGUGGUGAACAUCUUCAAAUCCCAUUUCCCACAUUAUCCUUCUGUCUACCCUUUUCCUCACCUCUCAUAAGGAUCCCACCUCACUCCAAUCAUUUCCCAAGGUACAUAUUAGUCUCAUUUCAUCACCAUUAUUAUCAUCUCCUUCAUGUCCUGUGUACAGGAGUAAUUUGUUUGCCACACUUCUGGACACCCCUACCUAAGAGGUAUCUUGAUAUUAUACUAGUUUCUUCUUUUGCUUUAACAAACGUGUCAAGCUUUAUCCAAUACACGAUUUCAACUUCUGA